GAGAAAUGCCCGGCUAGCGCCUCGCCACACAAUACGGCAGAGGGAAAUGGCGGCUUCUGCAGCGCCCUCUUGCAUCCGCAUCCUCUCCUCCGCACCUCCUUCACUGGCCGCUCUCCACCGUCCACACCGCCGGCGCAUACCCUCCUCCGUUCGAUGCUCCCUCGCGGCAGCGCCCGGUCUCCGGGCGCCGCCGGAGCUCGUCGACUCCAUCCUCUCCAAGGUGAAGGGAACUGACCGGGGAGUGCUGCUGCCGGAAGAGGGCCAUCAGGAGGUCGCCGACGCCGCGCUGCAGCUGGGGAAGUACUGCAUCGAUGAGCCCGUCAAGUCCCCCCUUAUAUUCGGAGAGUGGGAGGUUGUUUAUUGCUCGGUGCCGACAUCCCCUGGGGGGAUUUACCGGACUCCUCUCGGUAGGCUAGUCUUCAAAACCGAUGACAUGGUUCAGGUGGUGGAAGCCCCGGACAUCGUCAGGAACAAAGUGACAUUUUCCAUCUUUGGUCUCGACGGCUCGGUAUCUUUGAAAGGCAAGCUGAAUGUAUUGGACAGUAAGUGGAUUCAGGUCAUAUUUGAGCCUCCAGAACUGAAGGUAGGCUCCUUGGGGUUUCAGUAUGGUGGAGAGAGCGAAGUCAAGCUGGAAAUCACCUAUGUGGACGAGAAGAUCAGGCUAGGAAAAGGAUCUAGAGGCUCGCUCUUCGUCUUCUUGAGACAAGGAUAGAAGGACCCCGCAGCCUGGAGACACGUAUCUUACCAUACCAGAUACCAUCACUAUAUCUGCAUAUGCUUUUGACUGCAAGGGAUAUCAAUGAAAUGGUCAUCUGUACAAUAACUGCAUUCAGCUAUAAAUUCAGAGGUCAAAUCCACCAGCAGUUCUCCGGAUAUUUCAACCUGAAGCAGAUAUCCUCGUCGUAGUGAUCAAACUUGUUUGUAGUACGAGUAAAUUGCAUAUAUUUUCUACUAGUACAAGAGUAAGUUUUGGUUUUGUGAAGAUGGGGUUUUCUGCAGUAAGCUCUUGUAGUAUUCACACUGAUGUCGUCGUACUUGGAUGUAUUUGGAUAGUGUUCUGUUUGAAAUUUUCUCUAUGCAUGAAUACAUCCAUCUGAUUGAACCAA